AUGCCUGCGCGUCCCAACUUUACGAGCAAGCUGUCGCUGCCGGUCCGCCUCAAGCACAACAACAGCACAAACCUGGCACCCACGAGCGCUCCCAACAGCCGCACUGUCAGUCCAAAACGUGCAGCAAUGAGUGACAACAGCAAGCCUGGGCUGGUGCUGCGCGCGAAUGUCAUCCAGGGCCGCAACCUCGCUGCAAAGGACAGGAGCGGCACUUCUGAUCCUUACCUCGUUCUGAAUGUAGGAGACGCCCGCGAAGCCACGCCGCCGAUCAACAAGUCCCUGAAUCCAGAAUGGAACACCACACUCGAAUUCCCCAUAGGCCCUCAGAGCAUGUUGCUCGAGGCUUGUUGCUGGGACAAGGACCGCUUUGGCAAGGACUACAUGGGCGAAUUUGACGUCAUACUCGAAGACAUCUUCCAGAACGCACGAGCGGUGCAGGAGCCGAAAUGGUUUCCUCUGGAAUCAAGGCGCACCGGCAAGAAGAAGGCAGUGGUCACGGGCGAGAUCCAGAUACAGUUCUCUCUCGUCGAUGCGAGCAAUCCCAACGCCACCAACGAAGAACUCAUCCAGAAGUUCAUGUCUUUCGUCGCGCAAACGCCCAGUCCUGACGAGGACGAAGACGAACUGCUGCUCCGCACAGAAAGCGCAGAGAACGAUGACGAGGCCGACGAGGAGGAGGAGAGUUCAGACGAAGCGCUCGACGAGAGCAAGAAAGCAGAGAAGAGGGAGAAGCGGCGCAAAAGGCUAAGGUUGGCAAGACUGAAGAAGAAGGCGAACAAGCUUCGAAGCUACGAAUUUUCUGACAAGACCGAAGUGGCGGGUGUGCUUUUCCUGGAGAUCAGCAAGAUCAUAGACUUGCCUCCUGAGAAGAAUGUCACUCGCACCUCUUUCGAUAUGGAUCCGUUCGUCGUCACUUCACUCGGAAAGAAGACGUAUCGCACGAAGACCAUCAGCCAUAAUCUAAACCCGGUGUUUGAUGAGAAGCUCGUUUUUCAAGUCCUCAAGCACGAGACGAACUACUCCGUCUGCUUCACAGUCAUAGACAAAGACAAGUUCUCUGGAAACGACUACGUUGGAACAGUCAACUUCCCGGUUGAAAAGGCGCUUUCCGUUGCCCCUGAUGCUGACCCUAUAACCGGUCUCUACAAGCUGCCUGAGCCGUCCGAUUCUCCGGGACUUCCAGAGACCAAGGAUGCCAGGAGAUCGCGCUUCCGGCUUCCUUUGUCUAGAUCGUCAUCCACUAAUAGUCUUUCCCGUAUUGGUCGACCCAGCUUGCGCAAGGAGAACUCGGCGGGCUCGUUAUCAGGAAAAGAGUCCAAUGGUAGCUUAGCGCCACCUCCGACGAGUGUCCCGCAAACGCCUGGGGAUGACGGCAACGGACAAGCCGCUCCUGGCAUUCCAUCAGUCACCGUGGAUCCGACCGCGGUAGAUGACCAAGAUCUCAAAAUGUACACACUGCCCCUGGUAAUGAAGAACAAAGAGCGAUGGGAGGCCAAGCACAGUCCAACCUUACACAUCAAGGCAAAAUACCUUCCUUACAAGGCUUUGCGACAGCAAUUCUGGCGAGCCAUGCUCAAGCAGUAUGACGCCGAUGACAGUGGCCUGAUCGAUAAAGUCGAGAUCACCACCAUGUUGGACACUUUAGGCUCGACACUACAUGAAUCCACCAUCGAUGGCUUUUUCCGCAAGUUUUCGGGAGAGAACAACGGCGAAGAGGUGCUCACUUUUGACCAAGUGGUCAUGUGCUUGGAGGAGCAGCUACAACGCGGCGAGGAACGGGACGCUAAGAAGAGUCGUUUUGGACAUCUCACAGCUUCAAGCAGCGAUCUUCUCACUUCUGGCACCGCCACACCUUCCCUUACCUCUGGCACACAGACUCCGCUAAACGCGCACCCCUCUCAGACGUCGAUACCAGCACUAGAGACAGACCACCUCGGCGCCGAAGGUGAGGAAGGCGAUGUCCUCCCAGGAGAUGAUUUGGCGGACGAGAAGGGCGAGGAACAUGUUAUUGAGAUUCGAGAGUGUCCUAUCUGUCAUCAGCCACGUCUGAACAAGAAAUCAGAUGCUGAUAUUAUUACCCAUGUCGCUACCUGCGCAAGUCAGGAUUGGCGACAGGUCAACAACAUUGUCAUGGCAGGAUUCGUUACUUCGAGCCAGGCCCAGCGGAAGUGGUACUCGAAAGUCAUCACGAAGAUCUCGUACGGGGGAUACAAGCUCGGAGCCAACUCUGCCAACAUUCUAGUGCAGGACCGCCUUACGGGACAGAUCAACGAGGAGCGCAUGAGUGUCUAUGUGAGGCUUGGCAUCCGUCUGUUAUACAAGGGUCUGAAGGCGAACAACAUGGAGAAGAAGAGAAUCCGGAAAUUGUUGCGUUCCCUCAGUUUUAAGCAAGGAAAGAAGUACGAUGACCCGGCAUCUGCCAGGGAAAUUGAGGGGUUUGUUGCGUUCCAUCAGCUUGAUAUGUCUGAGGUCUUGCUCUCGACAUCAGAGUUCAAGAACUUCAACGAGUUUUUCUAUCGAGCUUUGAAGCCCGGAGCGCGGCCGUGCUCCGCACCCGAUGAUCCCAGAGUUAUUGUCUCACCUGCAGACUGUCGGUCCGUAGUCUUCAAUACUCUCGAUCAAGCACAGGCGAUUUGGGUCAAGGGCCGGGAGUUCACGGUUCAACGACUGCUAGGCGAUGCUUAUCCUGAGGAUGCGAAGCGCUAUGUUGGAGGAUCUCUUGGCAUCUUCCGUCUCGCCCCACAAGAUUACCACCGCUUCCAUAUUCCCGUCGAUGGUGUCAUGGACGAGCCAAAGGCUAUUGAGGGAGAGUAUUACACGGUCAACCCGAUGGCUAUCCGUUCUGCACUUGACGUGUACGGCGAGAACAUCCGGGUCUGUGUACCGAUUGACUCAGUAGCCCAUGGACGGGUGAUGGUGAUCUGUAUUGGUGCGAUGAUGGUCGGCAGCACAGUCAUCACACGCAAGAAGGGAGAUCAUGUCAAGCGAGCUGAGGAAUUGGGUUACUUCAAGUUCGGUGGAAGUACCCUCCUGUUACUUUUUGAGCCAGGACAGAUGCGCUACGACGAUGAUCUGGUCGACAACUCCAGAGCUGCUUUGGAAACUCUCGUUCGCGUCGGCAUGUCUAUUGGCCAUAGCCCCAAUAGGGACGCCCACACACCUGACAUGCGAAAGGAGAACCCCACGAACGAAGAGAAGCAAGACGCAAAACGUCGUAUUGAGGGCAGUCUGGCGCCAGAAGGAGCCCAGGGGCCAAUGCCGGGCGCAGGCUUCCAAUAG